UACUAAAUUUGCAUCACUAACAGAUAUUGUGCCGUUGUGGUAAAAAUGGCGGAAUACUUAGCUUCAAUUUUUGGAACUGAAAAGGAUAAGGUAAACUGCUCAUUCUAUUUUAAAAUCGGAGCUUGUCGUCACGGCGAGAGAUGCUCAAGACUCCACAACAAGCCAACUUUCAGUCAAACCAUUGUGUUGCAAGGACUGUAUCAAAAUCCACAGAUAAACAACACAGGAAUUGGUACUGUCAGUGAUGUAGAAAUGCAGGAGCAUUAUGACAACUUCUUUGAAGAAGUUUUCGUGGAACUGGAGGAGAAGUAUGGAUCAAUUGAGGAAAUGAAUGUGUGCGACAACUUGGGCGAUCAUUUGGUGGGAAAUGUUUAUAUUAAGUUUCACAAAGAAGAAGAUGCAGAAAAGGCAGUGAAUGAUCUGAAUAACAGGUGGUUUAAUGGGCAACCAAUAAUGUCUGAGCUCAGCACUGUGACAGAUUUUCGUGAGGCGUGCUGUCGGCAGUAUGAGAUGGGUGAAUGCACACGUGGUGGCUUCUGCAACUUCAUGCACCUCAAACCAAUCUCAAGGGAGCUACGAAGGAGACUGUAUGGAAGAAAAGAGAAGAAGAAGAGAUCCCGUUCCCCGCCAACGAGGAACAGGCGAGGAGGUUCGCGGGAGAGACACGGACGGGAUCGACGUCAUUAAUGUGUUGAUGUGAAAAGCAUAAUGAGGCUGCCAUAAAUACCAACUUAAUCUGCACACUUACAAGUUUAUGCUGAACAUAAACAGUAUAAAGCUGAUGAUGAUUUAAUGAAGUGCUGUAUACUCUCUGUAGCGUAUUUCAUUUUUUAAUUUUAGGAAUAAUAUCUAAUUUGUGACCCUGGUUUAAAAUUUGAAUUGUAACUCCUUUAACUAUUAGACUGACUAGGUUCAAGUUCAACAAAUAAUUUGAAAUUCAUUUUCGGUUGUGCGUUCUACAUUACUACUGCUGCUCCUACAUAACUCUAUUGCUGUUUUUUGUGAAAGAGUUUUAUAUUCCAACAUCAACAAGUGACAUUUUAUUGGCACGUUUUUUAUCGAGCAUUUUGUACAGAUAUUCCUUGUAGAAUGACUAAAUGGUUACAAUAACUUAGAAUAAACCAAAUUUUCCACAUGUGGUUUGUUUUGCAGA